AUGUCCGGUAUAAUCGGCGCACAAAACCGCUUCGGCCGAGACUUCAACAACCCCGACGCCGCAAUGCAGGGCGACAUCACUGCGCUGUAUGAUAUCAGCUGCGUGGUGGGCUCGAUAGUCUGCUACUUCAUCGGGGAGCGGUUCGGACGCCGCACGAUACUCAUGGCCGGUGGGGCGCUCAUGGUGCUCGGAACGUGUACCAGAGUGAAUGCUCGCCGGCGCGGAUCCGGGGGGGCGCUACUCACCCUCCAGGGGACGGUUACGAUUCUGGGGGUCGUGAUUGCCUAUUGGAUGGACUACGGGACCAGCUUCACCGAGUCCUCGUUCCAAUGGCGCUUCCCCCUCUCCUUCCAGUCCGUCUUCGCCCCCUGCCUCAUCCUCCAGGUCAUCGGCCUCCCCGAGACUCCCCGCUGGCUGGUCCAGCACGACCGGCACGAGGAGGCGCGUGCCGUCAUCGCCGCGAUAGAAGACAAGCCGCUCGCAGACGAGACCCGGCCCCUCAAAUUCGCCGAGCUCUUCACCGUCGGCGAGACGCAGAACCUCCGCCGCCUGCUCCUCACCAUCUCCAUCGAGCUGGGCCAGCAGUUCACCGGCUCCAACAUGAUCAACUACUACGCCCCCGUCCUCUUCCAGCAGAACAUGCACAUGAGCCGCAACCUGGCGCUCGUGCUCGGCGGGCCUGUGCCUGUGUUUCGUGAUGGUUUUCGAUUCUCCUCUCGCUGGACCCUGUUCUAUGGGGUGGGCUGGUUGCCUGUGCCGUGGUUCUAUCCGGCGGAGAUCAAUACCACGCGGGUGCGCACGAAGAUGCAGGCGAUUGCGUCCGGGUGGAACUGGAUGGCUGUUUUUGCGGUGCUGAAUGCCGCCUUCAUCCCCAUGGUCUACUGCUUCUAUCCUGAAACGAAGGGCCUGGAGGAUAUCCCGCUACUCUUUGCCAAGGGGGGAGUUACAGGGGAUGUCUUGACGUCCAAGGGAGGCCGGACUGUGACGCCGGGGCAGCAUGCUCGAGAUGUUCAGGUAGACAGGAAGGUGGAAGUGCGGGAGAUGGAAACGGCAGCUUAA